CGCAGGUCCAUGUGCAAUGGAGAACCGGGAGUUUGGAAGCAUAGGACGUGGAUCCUAGGUCCCGUGGCCAGGUUGAUCCCGAGCCACAAACAAAACUGCUGUGACCUCGAGGACUGUUGAGGGCGCAGCUGCAUUUCGCCCCACCCAAGGUGUGCCCCAUGGAGUCUACGUUCAGCAGCCCCGCCGAGGAGGCCCUUCAGCGGGAGGCGGGCGUCCCGGGACUGUUCACCCCUCCAGAAGACCUCGACCGAGUGUACGAGCUGGAGCGAGUCACGAAAUUUGUCUGCGACUUAGGGUGUCAGCGGGUGGCCUUACAGUUCCCUGACCAGUUACUGGGAGAUGCCGGAGCAGUGGCUGCACGGCUGGAGGAAGUCACAGGAUCUAAGAUGUUCAUUUUAGGGGACACGGCCUAUGGCAGCUGCUGUGUGGAUGUACUGGGUGCUGAGCAGGCUGGCGCUCAAGCCCUUGUCCACUUUGGUCCUGCCUGCUUGAGCCCCCCUGCCCGCCUGCUGCCUAUCACCUUCGUUCUUGGUCAGCGUUCUGUUGCCUUAGAGCUCUGUGCAAAGGCCUUUGAAGCCCAGAACCCAGAUCCCACAGCACCGGUGGUACUGCUGAGUGAGCCAGCUUGUGCCCAUGCCCUAGAGGCUUUGGCCACUCUCCUGCGCCCCAAGUACCAAGAUCUGCUCAUCUCCAGCCCAGCUCUUCCCCUGCCAGUGGGGUCCCCAAGUUUACAGCCUGAGCCCCUGGAGCGUUUUGGACGACGCUUCCCCCUGAGCCCAGGAAGGUGUCUGGAAGAAUAUGGUGCCUUCUAUGUGGGAGGUUCUCAAGCCAGCUCUGACCCCAUCCUCGAUCCGGAUCUGAGCAGACUGCUCUUGGGGUGGACACCAGGACGACCCUUCAUUUCCUGCUGUCCAGACACAGGGCAGACACAAGACCAGGGUGCUCAGGCUGGGCGGCUAAGAGCACGAAGACUGUAUCUUGUCGAGAGGGCCAGAGAUGCCCGUGUCGUAGGGCUGCUGGCGGGCACAUUGGGUGUAGCUCAGCACCGCGAGGCACUGGCACACUUGCGGGAACUCACUGAGGCCGCUGGAAAGCGCAGCUAUGUAUUGGCCCUGGGGAGGCCCACGCCUGCUAAGCUUGCCAACUUCCCUGAGAUGGACAUCUUUGUGCUUUUGGCCUGUCCUCUGGGAGCCCUAGCCCCCCAACCUUCAGGUGGCUUCUUGCGGCCUGUAUUGACACCAUGUGAACUGGAGGCUGCCUGUAACCCUGCCUGGCCACCUCCAGGCCUGGCUCCCCACCUCACACAUUAUGCAGAGCUGUUGCCCGGCUCUCCCUUCCAUGUGCCCCUCCCACCACCUGAGUCCGAGUUGUGGAGCACCCCAGAUGUGUCGCUCAUUUCUGGGGAACUCCGACCGCCACCUUCUUGGAAGGCAUCAAAUGGCACUGGGUGUUCUGCCCUAACUCCAAGGCCCCAGCUGGAGCUGGCAGAGAGCAGCCCUGCAGCUUCGUUCCUUAGAUCCCGGAGCUGGCAGGGGUUGGAGCCCCGCUUGGGCCAGACACCAGUGAAAGAAGCUGUCAGUGGAAGACGGGGUAUUGCCAUUGCCUAUGAGGAUGAGGGGAGCAGCUGACACCAUCUGUGGCCAGUCACACAGAGACACAUCUGCGGCUGCAUGCCCCCUGAACCAGCGUCUCGUCCUCUCACACUGAUACUUGAAGGAGCCCGGACAGAGGGAAUGCAGGUAGCUCCUCCCUGAGGUGCUGUCUAGCCUGCCCUGGCUCUGCCUCAGCACACAUCAGUGCAAUAAACGCCUGUUUGACUGGUGGAGGGGGAAAAGUUCCAGGGCUUUCCUGGGCCCAUCUGUCAGCAGCCUGGGCCUGGGGCUGACCCCAGUUCCUGGUGUGCCCUUGUUCAAGGGCAAGAGUUAGAUGAUCCAGACCAGGGUUCUUCCACCUCAGCACUGUUGACAUUCUGGGCAGAGUAGUUCUGUACUGCAGAGGCUAUUCUGUAUAUGGUGGGAUGUUUAGCUUGAGCAGAAGCACCCCCACCCCCAAGCUAUGACAACCCAGAUUAUCUCCAGAUGUUGGCAGAUAUAACUGCUUCUAAUUGAGAACCACAGUAUUCAUUAGACACAUGGCUUUUGCCAUUUUAAAGUGGAUGAAAAACUCAGUUUCUCAGUUACACUGAUCACAUAAAGCGCUCACAUGGCUACAUGUGGGACA